UGCUUACUCAGAUACUCUGCUAGUUUCUCUCUGUUUUCCUCCCUCCACCACCUUGGAUCUCCUCCGCUCACAACCCCACCCUUUCCUCCGUCGAAGGGCGGUCUUUAUGCUCAUUAUCACAGCAUCUUUGAGGAAAUCUCGAUGAAACAAUGGUGGGCUAAUGGGUUCUCUCAAUAUGUUGCAUCACCCAACAAGCUUGAUGUCAGUACGAUCGCAUUUUCUUUACUAAUUCAUCCUAGAUUCUCCGAAUAAGUUGUUUCUUGCACAUGGGUUUUUUUUCUUGAGAUUUGAGCGGCCAUCGUUUGGAUUUUUUAUGGAAUUUAUUAAUGGGUUCUGAUGAAGAUGAGGUUCCGAGCUUGAAAUUUUGCGUUUCUUGAUUGAAUUUGAAGAUUGUAGGGAUGUUUUGAUAUCUUUGUGCUCCCAAGUUUUUGUUACAAUGUUUCUGUUAUUGUUUGGUAACUUUGGUUAUUGUUGGGGCUUGAUGUGAGGUUGGAUUUGAACUGAUUCUAAUUGGCUAAGUCGGUGGUUAUUGGGGGACCAUAUUUUCUAAACUCGGAUGUUUUGAGAUCUUGAAAUGAUCCUUUGUUUUACCAUCGGAAGUGGGUUUUUCGAAUCUUGCUGAUAUGGGUGAUUGAGAUUAUGGAAGUUUUUCAAAGGAGUAAGUCAUUCAACCAAAGAGCCUUGAGUGUUGUAAGCCCAAGAACCCUAAGUUUGGGAAGCCCAAGAGUUAAUCGAUCAAGCUUCAAUUGGCGACGGCUUCACGUACUUAUUGCUAUUGGAUUUUCGUUUUCCCUCCUUAUGGCCAUUGGUGUAGUAUACAUGUAUGUGCUUCCCAGUCUCUCACAGGCUUUUCAUGGUUUUGGUAUUUCUGUCCCUUCGGGGACAUCUGAUAAAAAAGAGGGUUUUGGUAUUUCCAAAUCCAAUUAUUCAUUGAGAGAUUGCGAUAUAUUUGAUGGAAGUUGGGUCCAGGAGACUGCCUACCCUUUAUACAAUGCUUCAGAAUGUCCUUUUGCCGAACGAGGAUUUAACUGCUUGGGAAAUGGGAGGAUGGACAAAGAUUAUCAAAAAUGGAGGUGGAAGCCCAAGAACUGUGAUAUUCGCUGGUUCAAUGUGAAUGAAGCAUUGGAGAGCCUUCGAAAUAAGAGGGUCGUAUUUGUUGGAGAUUCUAUGAGUAGAACCCAAUGGGAGUCUCUGAUAUGCUUGCUUAUGACUGGCAUAGAGGAUAAACAGAGUGUAUAUGAAGUUAAUGGGAAUGAGAUAACAAAACUGGUAAGAUAUCUUGGUGUUCGGUUCAGCUCAUUCAAUUUUACAAUUGAGUUCUUUCGCUCGGUUUUCUUGGUUCAGCAUGGCUGGAUGCCUAGGCAUGCUCCCAAGCGGGUUAGGUCAACACUUAAAUUAGACAAGUUGGAUGAUAUUAGCAAUCAGUGGGUUGAUUCGGAUAUUCUCAUAUUCAACUCAGGGCAAUGGUGGGUGCCUGGAAAGCUUUUCAAAACGGGCUGCUAUUUCCAGGUUGGAAACUCGCUAAGACUUGGGAUGUCAAUUACUAAUGCUUUCAGAGUUGCAAUGAACACUUGGGCAUCGUGGGUUGAAAAUAGGAUUGAUCCAAACCGAACACGCAUCUUCUUCCGAACUUUUGAGCCAUCUCACUGGAGCGAUCAUUCCCGUAGGUCUUGCAAUGUGACCCAACACCCAGUGUCAGAAACGGAGGGGAGAGACCAAAGCCUAUUUACUGACACCAUAUUAGAGGGGGUAAAAAAUAUGACAGUUCCUGUAACUGUUCUGCAAAUAACCUCCAUGUCAGCUUUCAGGCGCGAUGCACAUGUCGGUAAAUGGAGUGACAGUCAAUUAGUACCUGAUUGUAGCCACUGGUGCCUACCGGGAGUGCCAGAUAUGUGGAACGAAAUCGUCUUUUCAUACCUGCUCACUAACCAUGGAGAUUCUCUUCAAUAAAAUCAUAUUGAAGCAUAAUACUGAACAGAUAUUCAUUUGAUGAGCAUCAGAUCAUACCUUAGCAAGUGAACUGCCCUUUGGCCUACAAGCAUCUCUGAGGUAGAUACUGAAGCCUAACGAUCGGAUGAGCUUAAAUGGACUGUAGGUUCUGGAAACAACCAUUCUGCAAUCCUAGACACACCAUCAACAUUUUCAGAGAAAUUGUACAGUUACAUGGAUCGAAAAGCUGAAGAAGAGGAAUCGAAUUUUUUUUCCAUUCUUUCUACAUUUAAUUAUUUUGGGGGGACUGAUAUUCAGUCUCCAAGAUGUAAAAGUUUUGUCCUUUUUUUUGUUCAGUAAUGAAACUUCGGCUCUGAUGACAAUCAAAUCUAUUUCAAGCCAAAAAGAAGGAAAGCUACUGACAUUCACUAUUGUACUUGGUCA